UUCUCUCUUCUUUACUCCGUCCUCUGAAUAGCCUACCAGAUGUAGAAUUUUUUUAGCAAUCCAUUUUAUCUGAGUUUGCAAUUACCUCAUCUGACACACAAGACAAAGAAGAUGCUCACAGAGAAGGCAACACAAAUGCUCCAGAAAUUAAAUGUAUUUUCUCACCACAUAUUAGAACUUCUCAAUGGUGCGAAAAUGUGAUACUGACUUCUGUGAUUUGUGAAUACAGUUUUGGACCUGUUAAACCAAGUUAGCUACUGCUUAGUACACACAUUUCUUGCUAAAAAGUAAUGGGAGCUAGCACUUUUUGCAUAUCUAAUGGUGAUAGUUCAAGUGCAUUUCAUUUUAUGAAAUAUUGAAUCACACUUUUCUUUCAAGAAAGUGACUUAGCUCAGGAUACUAAGCCUAUUUCUUCUUCAGCUCCUUUUCAUGGCGCUAAGAAGCAGCGUUAAAAUCUUAGUGCAUUCCUGCAGAAGGACCUACAUAGUCUUCUAUGUUUAGAUUCAAAUCAUUUCUAUGUUUAUUUAAAUAAUCUACGCCCACACCUCAUGAACUGUGUGCUAACCUUUUUUCAAUGUGUAUGCUGAUGUCUGACAAUAAGUUGUUUCUUUUUCCAAAAAAUGGUCUUUCUCUGUGUGCAGAUCAAGAGGGAACAGCUCAUCAGUUCUGACUUCCGAGAAGCUCAAGUAGCUCCUAAUGGUACACAGUUAACAUUAGCUGCAGCCAGAAGAAAAAGAGAGGUGCAUGGGCAGUUGAUCCGGAUAAAGAUAACCAUGUUCUCGACGAGUGUUCAGGAUGGUGAGGUUUUACAGAGCACAAGGAAGCGGAAGUACAGGGAUUCCUGGAAGGUUUCUGGCACAAAAUUGCUGAAGAGAGAGGAUGAAGAACAGAAGGUCUCUUCCUCCAUGCAUCGUAAUUAUGAUGAAAAUAACAUGAAAGGGAAGAAGAUGCUGAAAGGGAAAGAUGCCCUAAUGUGCCACCAGUGCCAGAGGAAUGAUAAAGGGAGGGUGGUCAGGUGUAGUUCAUGCAUGAAUAAGCGCUUCUGUGUGCCCUGCAUUGAACGGUGGUACCCUGAUAUGUCAGAAGAUGAGUUUAAUGCAAAAUGCCCAUAUUGCCGCAAGAACUGUAAUUGCAAGGGAUGCCUACGAAUGCGAGGAGUUGAGCCUCCAAAAAAGAAAAUUUCUGAAGAAAAUCAAAUCUGUUAUGCUUGUCAUGUUUUGCGCUUGUUGCUUCCCUGGCUGAGAAAACUGCGACAGGAGCAGAUGGAGGAAAAAGAAUUUGAGGCUAAAAUAAAAGGUGUUUCAGUGGACAAAGUGCAGUUGGAACAAGCUAAAUGUAAUCUAGAUGAGCGUGUUUACUGCAAUAAUUGUAGAACUUCUAUAGUUGAUUUUCAUAGAAGCUGCAAAUGCUGUUUUUAUGAUUUGUGCCUUGCAUGCUGCUGGGAGAUGCGCAAAGGAGAGGUUCCUGGAGGAGAAGAGGUACAGAGCAUCGAGCCUGAAAAGAGAAGCAGGGAUUAUAUUUUCGGAACUACUCCUAAGUCAAAUGAUGGAAAUGAAAUGGUCUCCUUGAGUAGGCAUUCCCCAAAUGCUGAGCCUUGCAAUGGCAUAGCUGCUAGAGAGGACCCAAAUAACCCUUUGCUAAUGUGGAAAGCAAAGAGUGAUGGAAGCAUAACUUGCCCACCAAAUGAGCUAGGAGGUUGUGGUGGUUCGCUUUUGGACCUCAAAUGCUUGCUUCCAGAGAAAAUGCUUUCUGAGCUAGAAGAAAAGGCUGACAGAAUUGUUAGGAGUGAAAUAUUUGCAAAAGCAGUAGCCAGAAGCAGUGGUCAGUGCCCUUGCUAUGAUCAUUUAGGAAACAUAAGAGCUCAGGAUGUGCGAGAGGCUGCAAAUAGGAAAGGCUUGACUGAUAACCACCUCUAUUGUCCAGGUGCCACUGGUAUCAAGGAGGAUGACUUGGAGCACUUUCAGGUGCAUUGGGCAAGGGGUGAACCUGUUAUUGUUUCUGACACCCUUCAGUUGACCUCUGGCCUUAGUUGGGAGCCAUUAGUUAUGUGGCGUGCACUGCGAGAAAAAAAGACCAAUGUCAAAGUAGAAGAUGAGCACUUCACUGUCAGGGCAAUAGAUUGCCUUGAUUGGAAUGAGGUGGAAAUUAAUAUACACAUGUUUUUUGUGGGAUAUACGCAAGGCAGAACUCAUCACAGGCCACAUUGGCCUGAGAUGCUUAAGCUAAAGGACUGGCCGCCAUCGAGUUCAUUUGAUCAGAGAUUGCCUCGCCAUGGUGCUGAGUUUAUCAGUGCAUUGCCAUUUCCUGAGUACACUGAUCCUCGAUAUGGUCCACUAAAUCUUGCAGUCAAGCUUCCUACUGGUGCCCUGAAGCCAGAUCUUGGACCCAAAACUUACAUCGCUUAUGGAUUUAACCAAGAGUUAGGCAGGGGUGAUUCUGUGACCAAGCUUCACUGUGACAUGUCUGACACGGUAAAUAUUUUAACACACACAGCAGAAGUACCUUAUGAGACUUAUCCACUUAAGGAGAUAGAGGAGACCAGAAAGAAAAUGAAAGAACAAGAUCUUCAGGAAUUUUACGGUGUUUCAGAAUCCAGCAUUGAACACAACCUAUCACAAACUUCUACUAAUUCCAGGAAUGUUACUAUGGAUGAAACAUCAAAGACCUCAUGUAAUGAUAGUAUCUGUAAAGAUAUUUCUGAUGGUCUGGACACCAACGCUGUAACACCUAUUGAUAGUGAAGGUGAUGUUAGGGAUAAACAUCCAUCUCAUGAAUCUAAGGUACAAAGCAAGGCAGCCCAGUGUUCCAAUUACAUUGGCAAUGGUAGUUCGGCUAUGAUGCAUAAUGGAGCUCAUUGUAUUUCGGAUAAUCCGGAGAGUGGAGAGCAUGAGAGAACUGGUGGUGCCUUGUGGGAUAUUUUCCGAAGAGAGGAUGCUGACAAGCUACAAGAUUAUCUUAAGAAACACACCUUGGAAUUCCGGAACCUCCAUUGCAAUCCUGUGAAGCAGAUGCAGGUUAUUCACCCAAUUCAUGAUCAAACUUUUUACUUAACUGAGGAACAUUAGAGAAAGCUAAAGGAAGAAUAUGGUGUGGAACCCUGGACAUUUGAGCAGAAGCUUGGUGAAGCAGUUUUCAUUCCUGCUGGAUGUCCUCACCAAGUCCAAAACUUGAAGUCUUGCAUCAAGGUUGCAAUGGACUUCGUCUCCCCUGAAAAUGUUGACGAGUGUAUUAAACUAACUGGAGAGUUCAGACGACUUCCAUCUCAUCACAAGGCUAAAGAAGACAAAUUGGAGAUUAAGAAGAUUGCUCUUUAUGCUCUGAACCAAGUUAUAAAUUUCUUGGAUCCUCCCUCUGACGGGUAAGCAGUAGCUGCGGUAACCCACUCGUAAUAUUUCACCAUAGAAUGUCUGAAGCUGCAACGGAAACUGAUUAGUUUUUAGGGAAAUUUUUUAUCACUAUGGUUCUGUGAUU